GUAAACACCUGAGGAAGGCUUUCGUAUGUUGGCUGUCAGUAUUCAUGAGGUCGUAGUCUCCAGUAAAGCAGGUUUGAUCCCGAUCUUGCUGUAGCGGUGAGAUUGUCAUGAUGGAGGGUGACAACCAGCCAGUCUACGAGCAGAGGUUCAAUGCUGCUGUCAAAGUGAUCCAAAAUUUACCUUCAAACGGUUCAUUUCAGCCUUCCAAUGACAUGAUGCUGAAAUUUUAUAGCUACUACAAGCAAGCAACACAAGGCCCCUGUAAGAUUCCCCGUCCAGGAUUCUGGGACCCCGUUGGCAAAGCCAAAUGGGAUGCGUGGAAUUCUCUUGGGGAAAUGCCGAAGGAGGAGGCGAUGGCGGCCUAUGUGGAAGAUUUGAAACUGAUCCUGGAAAGCAUGCCUGUAACAAAUGAGGUCGAGGAGCUUCUGCGGGUCAUUGGACCGUUCUAUGAGCUUGUUGAUGAAAAGAAAAAGAUAACGCAAGUGUCCGAGUUGAGCACAGCCCGCUUGGAAAGAUUUGCUAGGCAACUUGAAGGCUUUGGGAGCAUGCUAAUGUCACCACCCAAAUGUGUCACAAAAAGCAUCAUCAGGACGAUGGAGAUGAAUGGCAGCCUGGACAGUUACCCCGUCAAAACAGCAGAAACCCCAAAGACUAAAUCAAUAGACAUGGAAGACGGAGAAAAUGAUAAUGAGGAGGAAGAGGAGGAAAAAAACGAAAAAGAGGAAGUUAAAGCCUCACAACCGAAGAAAAGGGCUUCUGCAGGGAGACCUAAAGAGCCAGUAUCUAAUGGCAGUAUCGGCCAACAUAAAGGCCUUACCAAUGGAACGCACGAGUCUAGGUCUGAUCUGAACAGGCAGGAUUCAGAAGAAGACUCUGAAAACAUUAAGCACAACAGAGAUGUCACUGAGCUCAAUGGACACAUCAAAAGUGAGGAGAAGGACAUUGGGGAAGACGCGUCCAGUUCUCACCAUGUAGCCAGUGAUUCGGACAGCGAGGUGUACUGUGACUCCAUCGACCAGUUUUGUGGAGAAGAAGGAUCUGAGCUACACGUCAGCCACUCACUAGACAUGGCCGAGGAGAGCCACAGCACACUAUCCUCGACAGGAGAGAUCAGAUCACAAGAGGAACUGCUGGGACGGGAGGAAGGCAUACAGCACGGCGGAGAAGAUGGAUGGAGCAGCAGAGGAGGUUCUCAGAGACAGGGACUUCCUGUGAAUAGAAGUAACAGUUCUGUGGUCAGGAGGGAAAGAGGGUCCAAGUCACCUGCCUUUGGCUCCGGGUCAGCGGGACCACAGCAGGGCAGUGGGGGAGACGGGGAGCGCUGGGGGACGGAUGGAUCUGUAACGGACAAUCUAAACGAACAGAUAAUCUGUGCUCUGGCCAGACUGCAGGACGACAUGCAGAGUGUCUUAGAGAGGCUACACACGCUGGAAGCUCUAACAGCCUCGCAGGCCCGAUCCUUAGUGCUGCCACCAGACUACUUGUCACCACCUGCAAAUAAAACGAAGAAGAAACCAUCCUGGUGGCCUUUCGAUGUGUCUCCAGGAACUGUGGCCUUUGCUGUCAUCUGGCCGUUUGUGGUGCAGUGGCUCAUCCGUCUGUAUGUGCAGCGCAGGAGAAGAAGAAUCAACUGAAAGGAAUCGACUGAUGGUUCGACAUCUCUGGAGACCCAGAGGAGAGCCGCGUUACGCAUUUAGGAGGAGGAGGGUGUUUCUCAGCCUGUCCCGUGAUCCCUAACUUCUGCUUUUGCACUAUGAUGACAACUCUUAAGAAUUAGCUAAUUGAAAGACAGAGUGAAUGUACAGCGAUGCAGCUUAUCACGAGCUUUUUUUGUACUUAUUGUUUUUUAAUGUAACAAUUUGCUAAGUCGGGAAUACCCGGUUUCGGUAAUUAAAAGUCAAAUUUUCGUUAAUCCUGUUAAUAGAAAUCCAUUAUUAAGGGCAUUAUAAUAACUUUCAUGUCGAGUAUAUAUCAUUCAAUGUUUUGCACACAUAGCUGCUAAUUGUCAUUACUACUGUAGCAAUGUGUAGGAUGCACUGAUGAGUACAGCACAGGUGAUUUCUGCUUGAAUAUCUAUCUGAUUCUUGGCAUGUUUGGCAGAAAAGAGCCCAUAUUUGGGGUUUGAACCGUAAUGGGAAUAAAUCAGGAACCCCUCAAAUUGUUGGAGGUCGUAUGAAUAUUUUUUUUAAUAUACAUUAAUAUCUUAGCGUUCGCAUAAGUGAUCUGUGGUGCUCUUUAAAGCCAUAAUAUGCUUACAAUGCUUAUGUAGCUGACCCUUGUUUGGCAAAUCUGAGGAAAGGGUCAGAAGGCAAUAUCGAAAACUACUGUACGUUCUUCAUCCGCUCAACAUCCCAUCAUGAUGCCUGGAAAGAACUGACCUAUCCGGCUCCCUCUAAUGUGUGUAGACAUUGAGCAACACAUCUUAAAAAUGUCUGAACGUCACUGGCUUAAAGGAAUAGUUCACCUAAAAAUGUAAAUUUGCUUAGG